CGACAACUUCAAAUCCGCUCACCAUGUCGACCAUGAAGGUGAAGACCGGCCAGCUCUGGGGCAAAAACAAAGACGAGCUUAUGAAACAGCUCGAUGAGUUGAAGACGGAAUUGGGUCAAUUGCGGGUUCAAAAGAUUGCUGGUGGUGCCGCAUCCAAGCUUACUAGAAUUCACGAUCUUCGCAAAGCGAUCGCACGAGUCCUCACAGUCAUCAAUGCUAACCAACGCGCCCAACUUCGACUUUUCUACAAGAAGAAGAAAUACCUCCCUCUUGAUCUCCGACCAAAGCAGACCCGCGCCAUCCGCAGACGACUCACGAAACAUGAAGCUUCAGUUAUCACAGAGAAACAACGAAAGAAGCAAAUGCAUUUUCCGCAGCGCAAGUAUGCUGUGAAGGCUUAAAUUUGGAGUGAUUGCGGAGUAUAUGUUUCAAGCUUUCUUAUCAUGAUAAUAUGUUGCAACAUGUAUCUAAAACGAUGCACUUAGCAACAAUGAUGAAAAUCACUUUAGCUGUC